AUGCCUUUGAACGUUCUGCUAGUCGGAGCGGGAGAAAUCAAUUUUGGUUCAGUGGAAGGCCCAUGGAAUCAUACACUGCGACUUGAGCGGAAACUUGGGACUUCUUUGACAGUAGUCGCUCUGGUCGACCCCGACGUGGAACGCGCGACCGCUGCAUUGAGUACUAAGCUUAAAGGGAGUUCUGCUAGCUCGUAUCUACAAUGCGAAAUAUUCUCGACCGUCCAAACUGCGGCGAAUGCUUUGUCGGAGGCAAAUAUGCCAAAGCUAAUCAUACUCGGAGCGCCUCCAUCUGUUCGGGGUUCUGACAUACCCGGUCGUGACCUCGAGAUUCAGAUAAUCGGUGCAUUUCCCGGCUCCGCACUCUUCGUAGAGAAGCCGCUAAGUAACGGGCUCGAAGAUGCAUGCCAGCGUGUAGCAAGGAGAGUUCAGCAGGCGAGGACUCUUGUUAGUGUCGGCUACAUGCUUCGUUAUUCCCAAGGCGACUUGUCUCGUUACUUUGGGGGCGACAUACGCCUUCCCUCCAUCGCCGCUCGUACCGUUGAACAUAACGAGCCAGCCGGAUUCCUAUCUGCGAAACGAUUUGACGAGGAUAACAUUCCACCGGAUAACCGCCUCCCGCGUCUCACGAGUGCAACGUGGAAAUACAUCAAUGGCGCCGUUGGUUCACUAACGCACGCAAUUGUUCUUCAUGGAACCUUAUAUGAUACCGAAUUUGAGGUAUAUGCAGAUGGAUAUCGUCUUAAAUUGAUUGAUCCCUACAACGCACCUAUCUUGUCUGUGCGCAGACCGGGGAUCACUUAUGAGGAAAUAUUCAAGUUUACCGAUGAUGAUCCGUUCUUCACUGAGAUGUCCAGUAUGAUUGACGCAAUCGAUCACCCCGAAGCUCAGGGAGCCAUUCUCAGCUCGUAUGAGGAUGCAGUCAAGACCCACGAAUUUACGUGGCACAUUCGGAGAUCUAGCGAAGCUGCUGCUCGUGCAGAACGUGAGCAAGGUGGAUCAACUGCUCACUAA